AUGUGGGUCGUUUUUAGAAAGGAGUUGCGCCGGUCGAUCUCCGAGAAAAUGUCUGGGGUAGAAUCGGAUGCUAUAGAUAUUCCAAAGUUACCUCUUCCAUCUAACUCAUUUUUCGUAUCCACUGCCACAUCCAAGGGAUCCAGCAGACGAUCACCGUGUCAUCGUCGUCAUGUUUUCACCAAGGUGGAUGCUCUUCGUGCGUUAGAGCGAGAGCGGCUCGCUCAACAACGGUUGCGAACGGAAAGGCAGGCUAGAAGGAAGGAAGCCGAAGAAGCUAUCCGCCUGAGACGACAAGCCGUUGAGGAAGCAAAUAGGUUUAACAAGUUUUGUUAUGAAUUACUCGCUUCUCUGUUACUACUUGUAUGUUAUGGAUUCUUCAUUGGUGGUCGUGUAGCCGACUUCAGUCCUAUGCAUCCCCUAAACGAGAUGCUCAGAUGA